AUGCCUACCCCCGGCAGUGUCAGGACCUACACCUCUGCCCCUGUCAACCCCAAUACGUCGGAGCAGGAGACACAAGCAGCCAAGGCACCAGCACUCCCUAGUCCUACCACCGCAACUGAAAACACCGCUACGACCACAAGCACAGGCGCAUCCACAGCUGGACAACCAGCCGCCGCCGCCGCCGCAGCAACCACCACGGCCACAGCUCCUGCAUACACUCCCCUUUACGCCGCGGCCCAACCAAGCAACCUCGCAGCUCAACCAGGCGCAAUUUCAAGCGUGCCAGCUCCUACCACAUCCGCCGCGUCGCCGUACAGUCCAAACAACAUGCCCACACCAACACCGACGUCAAGUACCGCCCCGCCUCCGACAACAUCUAUUUCCUCGAUGCAAUCGCCUCCUCCUCCACAGCCAGGCAGUGUACCCCAACCACCUUCACAAACUCGGACUCAAGCCCAAACAAUCAAUAAGUCCACUGUGCCUCCGCCACCCAAAGCAGGAGAAACACCAACUCCCGCAUCUGCAUCUGCAUUUGCCACACCUCCGACUCCCACCCCAGCAACAGCAACAGGAACAGGAACAGGACCCCCAGCAUCUCAGGCCUCGGCCCAGUUCGUUCCAUCCUCAUCCUACAGCUAUCAACCCCCUUCAGCUACACCCAACUCCACAUCCACUCCGUACUCAUCUGUCUAUCAGUCCACCGCCGCCGGGGGAAUCGGAAUGUCAUCGAACUCGAGCUCGGCCUUACCGACGCACUACAGUGGUGGCGGUGGUGCAGUCGCCGAGGACGACGAACCCUCGCUUCUGAACGCAGCCCGGGGGUGGGUCCAAACGGCGGGGGAGAAGUUGGCGGAAGUUGAAGCGGAAGUGUGGAAACGGAUUAACAAUGCCCAUGACGAGAAAUAA